AGUUUGUUCUGAGAGAUGUCUCACUGAUGAUUAUUUUAACAUGUUUCUCAAGGUUAAUUAACACAUGAAAAUAAAUGCAAAUGUUUUGGACCUUGACUGAAAAACACGGCAGAAGAACCUGGAAGGUCCAGGAAGAAGAAACAUUCAACCAAUCGGAUCCCUGAACCGGGUCAGGAGUUCACUGUUUAACGGUGAUGCUUCAUCAAACUGGACUUCAGCUCACUGACUGGGAGUCAAGGAUGAGUUACUGGGAAACUGAGCAUAAAUUAGGAAAUGUGUGAAGAUGUGUUUGUACAGACAGAGACAUGAAAACGUCCAGAUGAAGGAACAUGCAGAGCAGCGUGCAGAGAGAUGAAGAUAAGCGCCUGCAGCAGCCAUUUUGUCCUCAUUUCUCUGUUUUUGGUCAUUGUGGAUCAGUUUUAGUGUUGCUCUGUGGCUGAAGCAAAACUGCUGCUGGUUUAAACCUGAAGACUCUGCAGCUGUGAAGCUCAUUUCGUCUCUUUUAGGGAGUUUUUAAUCUGGAGAGUUUCAGAUUCAGAAAACUUGCUGCUCUUCCUUCCAGUCUGAGAAAAACUGUCAUUUUGAUCUGAUGAGUCUCAACCUGUUUCUGAUUCGUCACCUCAGAUCAUCCGCUUGUUUUUAGCAAAGUUUCCCCGUCUGACACUCAGCAGCCGACGCUUCCUGUCACUGAAAGGUCAUGCGUGUCCGUCUGAGCGAGUGGGACGGGAUGAGAAAUCGGACAGGAUGAGUGUUUUGCAGCUGCCUUCUGCUGCUGGUGACCUUUAACCCACGGCUGUCUGGAACGCGUCACUGGUGGAAAGUGGAUGAUUGUUGUGUUUCAGGGUUUUCAGAACGUAAGGAGGAGACGCUCUGUUUCACCUCGACGUGCCGAAAAGCUCGUCUGAAACCACAGAGGCUCAUCUGCAUCCUGUCAGACUGUCGGCUCUCUGGUUCCUCUUCCCGCCGCAGAAAUCUGAAAUCUGCUUGGUUUUCACAUGUUCAUCAGUGACCAUGAAGAGUUUUAUCUUUUCAUUGCCUUUUACAAUCAAUCAUGAUGAACCAGUCAGAACCAGAACGUGUUGUGUAAGAUAAAUAGAUACUCCAGACAUGAACUUCAUUUUGUUUCACCAGGCAGUGUCUUCCCAUGUGCCUUUGGGCAAACUCUGGUCCAGCCUUGAUCCAGCAGUGCAGAAAGUGAAGCUGCAUGUAUCUGAGCAGAAGAUCAUCCUACGAUCACGAAUAUGGAGCUCCACCUCAACAUCACCCCUACAGGAGGACCUGCAGAGAAAAACUGCAUCGUCAACGACCAGAUGACUCCCUUCAUCGUCCUCUACAUCCUCAUCCUCAGCGUGGGCCUGCCUGGCAGCCUGCUGUCCGUCUGGGGAUUCAUCCAAAGCCGCAGGUCUCAGCAGAAGCAAAGCACCUACGUCUACCUGGUCAACCUGCUUGUGGCCGACAUCCUGCUGCUCUUUGCCCUCCCAUUUAAGAUCUUUAAGGACCUUGGGGUAGCAUCAUGGAAGCUCAUGGUGUUCCACUGCCAGGCCAGCGGCGUCAUCAUAUACAUCAGCCUUUACGCAUCCAUUGCCUUCCUCGCCUUCAUCAUCGUAGACCGCUACCUGAAGGACCGCCACACGGCGCGCUCUCUGCGGCUGCAGGAGUCCAGCUUCGCCUGGCUGUUGUCGAUGGUGGUCUGGAUCUUGCUGCUGCUCAUCAUGGUGCCCAACAUGGUGCUUCCCACAAAGGACAACAAGAUGACAAAGUACCUCAGCUGUUCAUCUUUGAAGGAGAGAAUCAGCCUCCACUGGCACACGCUGACCGUGUUUCUCAACACGGCGCUGUUCCUCAACGCCUCUGCAGCCGUGCUCAUCUCCAGCGCCUUGGCCCUCAAAAGACUCCUGCACAGUCACAGCAACCCCAAACUGUGGCUGGACGCCAGGAAGGUGGUGCUGAGUGUGACGGCCAUGGCGCUGGGCCACACCCUCAGCUUCGUUCCCUACCAUGUGGUGCGGACGCCGUACACUCUGGCCCAGGCCGAGGUCAUCAAGGACUGCCAGACCAAGAGGCAGCUGUUUCUGGGGAAGGAGUCCACGCUGUUCCUGAGCCUGCUCCACGUCUGCCUCGACCCGCUUCUCUUCUUCCACCUGGACGCUGCGUUCAGAGAAACAGUCAGGCGGCUCCUUCGCCGCAGCAGAAACCAGGCCGUUGGUGCAGAGGAGCAGGUCAUGGAGGAAGUGAUGCUGCCACAAGUUCAUGCAGAGGAGAAUACUGCUGUCUAAUCACAGCUCUGCAAAGACGAUGAACAACAUUGCAGAUGCUGCAGCAGAUGCUCCAGACACUGGAUGUUUACGUGAAUUCAAGAACAAAGACCAACAUUUGUGUGGCGCAGUGGUUAGAGCCGCAGAUCGGAUUCAGACUCGUCUUGAGUUCGAGUCUCACUUCCUUUGCCAAAACUUACAAAACAAAGAAAACAGACUUUUAUCUACUCAGCAGGUGUAAGAUGGCUGAACUGGAAUAUUACCAGGACCUAACUGGUAAUAAAGAUGGUACUGUA